AAUAAAUGGUACACGUUGAAUUAGCUCUAUAAGUCUUCUAUUAAUGCACAAUUUUCAAACUAUUUAUUUAUUCUAAUGCGAAAAAAGACUAAUAUAGUUAUUGAUUUAAAUGUAGUUAAAUUUUAUUUAUAUCAAAUAUAAAUUAUUAAUCUUGCACGAAGGCCCAAAUUAUUAUUAUUACUUCCAGACAAGUAGAAGUUUUAUCUCUAGUAUAGACCAAAUCAUUACUAUUUAUAUCAAUAGCCAAAUUAAAAAGUACGAUAUUUCUGUUUUGAAUGACGAUAAUAAUGAUAAUAAUGAUAAAAACUAUACGAUAUGUGUAAAUAGGGAACAUGAUAAAAAUAAAACAUAAAAAAUACUUUUUUAUAGCACAAUUGACUUUCUUAUAAAUUAUUUAUUAAAAAAUCGUUAAUAACAAAAAUUAUGUUCCCUAUUGUUUGGCCUAAGUGAUGGCACUGCAUGAUUUACAUUCUUUUCAUUAUUUUUCUAUGAACUUUCUGUUUCAUGCUUGCCUUCUUCCGGACAUCGCACGAUUUUGAACUGAAUGAAAAAUGCAAUGAACUUGAAUGAACAACGCAAUGCUUGUGCUCUAAACUUCGUCAAUCCUAUCUGUCUUGCACGAAUCCGUCUAUAUCCUGCAUCGUCAAAAAUCCUGGUUCUGGUAAUUUCCGGAUAUUCCUAACCUUUACUUUAUUCACGAAUUAUAAAACCUGGACUAUUACAAUUAUGCUAUGAUAAUAAUGUUCAAAAUGACUGUACUCAAAAUCUUCAAUUGAAAAUUAUCUGCAUUAAUUUUUAUUAUCUAAAUUUUAUUGACGUUAAUCAAUUUUUGAUGAUAUUAUACUUAUAUAUAAAUUUUGUUUAAAAUUCACUAAUUCGUUAUUUUUUUUAAAUCAAUUUCUAACGUGAUUUGAAUACGUUUUUUAAUUGUGUUAUAAUUUAAUUGAUCAAUCAUUUAUUUGACUGAAAAUUGAAAUGAAAACUCAUGCAUAUUCAUUUACCAACAUUGUUUUUACUUCAAAUUACUGGCUUGGUUAUUAAUGCACGACUGGCGCAUUGUCACCAUGCCAAUAUGGUAAAUUUGUAAUCAAAAUUUAUAUUAAUCAUACAAUGAAACAAAAAAUCUAUAAACUCACCCCGGUACAUGGUGUAAAAAUGUGUGGCUAAACUCAAAUAUAUCGACAAUAACAAAAAUAAUAAUGUCGAUAAAUUUAUACUGAUCAUUAUUAUUAUUUGUAUGCUAAAAAACAAAAAAAAAACAAAAAAAAACAAAAAAAAACAAAAAAAACGAAAAAAAAAACAAAAAAAAUUAAAUCAAAAUUAAUGCACCUAUGUAAAAAAUGCAAAUCGCCACAAACUAACCGUUCUACGUAGGGACGGCUUCUUGGACAUAUUCGACGAUUAUUGAUAUACCAAACGCUUGAACGCAUCUUGUAUUGACGCAUCGCCUUAAUUGAAAAACAAAAAAACUUCUUGGACAUGUACCUGGGUGCUUCGAGGGCACGCUAAUUCCUCGUGCCUAUCGACUUUGGUUUCCGGUGCAUCCCAUACUGAAUUCGACCGAGUGGUAAUGAAAAUAAAAAAAAAUACCUCGAACACUGCCUCGUUUGCUGCAUGUGGAUCGCCUUAGCAGCCUUAGCCACUGUCGGGGCCCAAGUGGUCCCUCAAAACGCUCACUGUGUCGUCUACACAGACAGCUGCGGACAGUUACUGGACACCCUCCCGGUGUGCCAAGAUUUUAAUCGGCAACUGUGCAACCGUCCCGCCUGCAAGUUCAUCCAUCUCCAUGACGGAAACGUGGAGGUGAUAGACAACCGCGUGACCGUGUGCAGAGAUGCGGUCAAGGGCACCUGCAUGCGGCCCCAGUGUAAAUAUUAUCACAUACCAGUGGCGCUGCCCCCGGCGCCCCUCAUGGCUGUCACUAGUUCCGCAUCUCCGUAGCCGGUACCGCCUUCACCGCCAGCAGAGGCAAAGAGAGCAACGGAAGAACAGCGACAAGACGCCCAUCCGCCCGAGUGCGUCGUUCACGCGCGACAACCGAUAGCCGCGGGCCUCGCCCAUCUUAGCAGAGCCACGAGCGAGCGCAGAUCACACGCAACGACCACCUAUGUAGGCUGCUGGCUUCUUUUAUCUCUUCUUCUUCUCUACCCCCUCCCCCGUCUUCUUCUCUCAUCCGUCUAUCGCUAUUUCACACCUAUUUCUUUCAAAUACCAUCCCACGCUCUCAAUCCAAAUCCAACCAGCCUGCAUACGGCGUUCAUCAAGUACAUGCCAUUCUUUACUUCUUAUCGAUGAUCUUCCUGUUCGUGCGCUUUGCUUUAACUCUUGCGUGUUUGUGUUUUCCGUUUUUCCUACGAUCAUCAACAAUCACGCCAUAAAUGACGUUCGUCGUUGUAAUUUCUUUGUUCUCGCGAUGGAAUUGAUGACGAUGAGUGCGUGCGAGCGGCAGAAACAAUAUUAUACAUUAGUUGACAUUUAAAUUCAAUGGAAUGUACGCGCAGCGAGGAAUUAUUAAGUAGAGGAUGAAAUAAGGAAGAGGAAAGCCGGUUGACCGGAGCAAUGAUUUAUUUGUGAUGAUUCUAUAAUUAUUUCGUUUCUCGUUUUGUUAUCCAUAGACGUUUUAGAAUUUUUAACCAUCUCUAUUGCACUAUCAUUAUAUAUUAUUAUUUUUAUUGUAAUUACGUAUUUCCUAGCCUUUAUCAAUUAUAAUUUUUUAGGAAUCGUGAACUGAUUGUUGUAGCGAAACAUAAAAAAAAAACAAGUUUAACAACAGCGAAUGGUUUUACAGAAAGUCGAUGUGAGCCCACAGUGAAUACUCUAAAAUUCACUAGUUCGGCAACUGCGGGAAAACGAUGCAAACGUACUUUAAUUCAAUAUUUUCACGCUGGGUGGUGAUCCCAAAUUUCAAAACGAUUUCAAAUUCAUUGCGUUUUUCAAAUUUUUUAUAAAGUCACUAAACGAAUGAUGAAUAAAAAAUUAAUAAAUCGUGUACUAUCGCGUUGCUUCCCGUUGUACUGUGAUGAUAUUCCGCCACGCAAAAAAGAGACUACAAUUUCUUUAUUUUUUGUUAAUAUACGUUGUACGAGACAAGUUUAUGCAAUAUGUGUCGAGUCCUUUUAUUUUCAUUUUAUUUUUAUUAGUGCUAUAUAAGCGUUAUAGUCGUCAUAAUAGAAUGAAUUAAUAAUUUACAUUCUAAUGAUAUUAUUAAUUUUUUCCUUUUUAUUAUUGAGACUUUUUAUAUUAACAGUUUAAUACUCUGAAGUCAAUAUUGGAUAGAUAUUAUCGGGUAGCUAGUUUCUACCUCUCACUUUUACGGUUAUAGUACAUCAGAUUUUGCCUACUAAUUAUUAAUAUAUAUUAUUUUAAAUCCAUUUAAAAAUAAUCUUUCGAAAUGACUUUUCAAAAUAUAAUGUUAAAAAGGUAUUAAUAAAAUGUGCAGUUUUGACAGUGUUGUAGUGAUCAGUAGGUAUCUGCCCGAUGAUAAUGUUUAAGUUCUGUAUCAAAACCCUCCAUUCGUUUGAUUUAUAAUUACGUAUUUUAUGUAAUGUUAAGUAUGAUAAAUUUAUAAGAAUCUUCGCUCAUCAAUGUGCAAGAUAACAGCUGUGCGAAAGCGAACACAGAUCUUUUCAGCCUAAAUGAAAAGUGAAAAUUUACUUCGGAUGUUAAAUCUAAUAAGUAGGAUAGCUAGGGCCUGCAAGCCAGUGUGAUGAAUGAAUGGUAUUGAUAUUUCAUUUAAAAAUCAACGAAAAGUAUAAACUAUUAGGAAGAAAAGUAACUAAAUCAACGGCAAUGUUUUUACACCGAUGAACAAAGAUUAGGUCUAAUUAUGUUUUAUUUUGUAUCAUAUGUAUGCAUAAGUGUUGAUGAAAAUUGAACGUAUGAAUAUUGAUUCAAGUUUUGAACAUUUUGUAUAAGAGAGACAGAGAGAGAGAGAGAGAGAGAGAGAGAGAGAGAGAGAGAGAGAGAGAGAGAAAGAGAAAGAAAGAAAGAAAUAAAGAGAGAGAAAAAAAGAAAGAGAGAAAGCGCGGUAUUUAGGAUUCGAACGAAAUAGUACGAUGAGCAAAGACCUAAGACUCGAAAGGCCAUUGAUUAAAAAGAAAUUAUAAAACAAAAACACCACUUGCUAGGAUUUAAAUAAUUACAUAGAAACUUGAGAAGGAACGAUGCAUUCUUCCAAAGUGUAAAGGGCGCUUUUAUAUUAUUUCACGUAUAAUGUGAGGUUCGAUAUAAGAAUCGCUGUUCAGGAGUCACAGAUAAAAAUACAUCAGAAUGGAUACAGUCAUUUUUUUAUUAAUGCCAUUAAUAAAAGUAGAAAUAAACCAACGCCGAUGAUUUUCGACGGAUAACGGUACUAUUUCAUUGAUAAUUCUAACUAUUUGAAAAAAAGUAAUUAUACCUGUAACGAAAAGUAUAUUCAAUUAACGAUAAAUUUUGAAAAGGCGGUACUUGCAAAUGCAGCGAAAGAAUGAAAACUCCUAAACUAACGUACGCGGAAUCGAAUGAGCGACGAAAUAAGUAAAGUUUUAAUAUGUAAACUAAACUAGAACUUUAUUGUCGCGAUGAAAACGAAUCAACUUAUAUAAAAAUAAUGCAACUGCAACUUACUUCCUUAUUAAAUUUCAUGAAUGUGCAUGAAAAAUCACAAAGUACCACUCACACUUAGAUUGUAAUAAAAUGUUAAAAUGAAAAUAACGCGUUUUUAUUUUUCAGAAAAGUAUACCUCUAAUAUCAAUAUCCCCAACAUCACCUGUUAGUUUAUUCAAAUAU